UGACAUUUGAGGUUUGCAUUGUCAACUUUGUCUUGAGUAAUUUGACAAACAUGUGAAAUUAUUUAAAUUCUAAGCAAACCCAUGGCAUUUUAGUCAUAUUAAUAUUUUAGGCAAGUGAAUUUUAUAAGUUAUUAUAAGCAUUAGCGCUAAUUAUGGAAAACAACACUGAUCAUUCCGAUCCUAAUAAUUUUAGCCCGUUAACUGUCCAAGAAGUAGACGUAGACUUUUUACCGAUUGUUUACGAAAUCAUACGAAGUGUCGAAAGGGACUUUCACGACAACUCAGCUAAAGCCAGAGAGUCUCAAGAUUGCAGCUUGAAGGUCUUAGAAUUACAGAAGAAAUUCGACAUUGCCCGUUCACAGAUCAGACGCCUUCCGGGAAUUGAAUACAACAAACAAGAUCAAUUAAAACAGUUUGAGAUUCUCCGAACUCAACUGAGACUGAAAAGAGAACUCUUACAAAAGUAUCGUAAUAUGUGCUCUUUUGAAACAUCAUUUAAAUGAUACAAAAAUGCCAUUACGAACAAUACUCAGAUAUUUAGCAAAUAAUGAACAACUUGUUCAGAAGAUUGCAGAUUCAUAUCCAGUAAGAAGAGCAGCUCAGCUUGCUGUCUCAGUGUUUUUUAGAGGGAAGGAAAAGGUGUCUAAUAUGGAUCCUCAACAAGUAAACAGACUUGUAUCAUUCUUUAGAAAAUUCAGUCAAAACAUAAAGGAAGGUAUUGAAGAUGCCAAAACUAAGUUAAAAAAAU